GCGGAGGAGGUGGAGGAGGCGGGAGCGGAGGGAGGACACGGGGAGGCGGCUGCUGCUGCUGGGCAGAGAGGAGUCGUGCAGGAGCAGCGACCGCACUCGGACGCCACAUUCCCUCUUUACGGGGCUGGUGGUGAGGAUGAGCGAGAGCUGACCCUGCCGCGCCGCCGCCUGUGCUGUGAAGUGUCUGCUCCUCCUCCUCCUUCUCUUCCUCCUCCUCCCCGGCUGUGGGUGAACCUGCGCUACGGGCUCCUCACCGACACGGGGGAGGUUGGUUUGUUUGUGCAUUUGUUUAAGGCAAAGAGAGAGAAAGAGAGAUCUCCCACCCUCUGAAGGACAGUUCACUAUGAUCGUACUCGCAUCCAGCACUGGAAGCCGGUUGGAUUUCGUGUCUCAGUCCAGGGUGUUUUUCUUGCAAACCUUCAUUUGGAUUUUAUGUGCUACAGUGUGCAAAGCGGAGCAGUAUUUCAAUGUGGAGGUAUGGUUACAAAAGUAUGGCUACCUUCCACCAACUGACCCCCGAAUGUCGGUGUUGCGCUCUGCAGAAACCAUGCAAUCAGCUAUAGCUGCCAUGCAGCAGUUCUAUGGCAUUAAUAUGACAGGAAAAGUGGACAGGAACACAAUUGACUGGAUGAAGAAACCUCGAUGUGGUGUGCCUGACCAAACAAGAGGUAGCUCCAAAUUUAACAUUCGUCGGAAACGCUACGCGUUAACAGGACAGAAAUGGCAACACAAACAUAUCACUUACAGCAUAAAGAACGUCACUCCAAAAGUAGGUGAUGCUGAAACUCGUAAAGCCAUUCGCCGUGCCUUCGAUGUGUGGCAGAAUGUAACUCCUCUAACAUUUGAAGAAGUUCCUUACAUUGAAUUAGAAAAUGGCAAGAGAGACGUGGAUAUUACUAUCAUUUUUGCAUCAGGUUUUCAUGGAGACAGUUCUCCCUUUGAUGGGGAGGGAGGAUUUUUAGCUCAUGCAUAUUUUCCUGGCCCAGGAAUUGGGGGAGACACUCAUUUUGACUCAGAUGAGCCAUGGACCUUGGGAAAUCCCAAUCAUGAUGGAAACGAUCUCUUUCUAGUAGCAGUGCAUGAACUUGGACAUGCUCUGGGCUUGGAGCACUCUAAUGAUCCCACUGCAAUCAUGGCUCCAUUUUACCAAUAUAUGGAAACUGACAACUUCAAACUACCUAAUGACGAUUUACAGGGCAUCCAGAAGAUAUACGGUCCACCUGACAGGAUACCACCACCAACAAGACCUCUGCCAACAGUGCCCCCACAUCGCUCAGUCCCUCCAGCAGACCCACGAAAGAAUGACAGGCAACCUAAACCUCCCCGGCCACCCACUGGUGACAAACCUUCCUAUCCUGGAGCCAAGCCUAACAUCUGUGAUGGGAACUUCAACACUCUGGCUAUUCUUCGCCGGGAAAUGUUUGUUUUUAAGGAUCAGUGGUUUUGGCGAGUCAGAAACAACAGGGUGAUGGAUGGAUACCCCAUGCAGAUUACCUACUUCUGGAGGGGACUGCCUCCCAGCAUUGAUGCAGUUUAUGAAAACAGUGAGGGGAAUUUCGUCUUCUUCAAAGGUAACAAGUUCUGGGUUUUCAAGGACACCACUCUCCAGCCAGGUUAUCCUCAUGAUUUGAUAACACUUGGAAGUGGAAUUCCUUCCCAUGGCAUUGAUUCAGCAAUUUGGUGGGAAGAUGUUGGAAAAACCUACUUCUUCAAAGGAGAUAGGUACUGGAGGUACAGUGAAGAAAUGAGAUCCAUGGACCCUGGUUAUCCCAAACCAAUCACAAUUUGGAAAGGUAUCCCAGAAUCUCCGCAGGGAGCCUUUGUCCACAAAGAAAAUGGCUUCACAUACUUCUACAAAGGAAAAGAGUACUGGAAAUUCAAUAACCAGAUGCUCAAGGUGGAACCUGGCUACCCCAGAUCCAUCCUCAAGGAUUUUAUGGGUUGCGAUGGACCAAAAGAUCGAGAUAAAGACCGACACAGCCCUCAAGAUGAUGUUGACAUUGUCAUCAAACUGGACAACACAGCCAGCACUGUGAAAGCCAUAGCCAUCGUCAUUCCCUGCAUCCUGGCCUUGUGCCUCCUUGUCUUGGUUUACACUGUGUUCCAGUUCAAAAGGAAAGGAACACCCCGCCACAUACUGUACUGCAAACGCUCUAUGCAAGAGUGGGUGUGAUGUAGGGUUUUGGUUUUUUUCCUUUCCCUCCCAGGAGUUUGUGGUAACUUGAGAUUCAACACAAGAGCUGUUAUGCAGUUUCCUAGCUAGGAGCGGGCAUCUGUCAGUCUGAAACAAAGCUGAUCUUUAAAACCCAGGGGGUUGCCUGUCCUGCGCAUGAGUGGUGAUUCACUCAGCUGGGAAGCUUCCAUGAUACACAGUAUCUGCUGUUUCUUCAGUCCUUUGUCUUUCUUUGUCAUUCAAUUCUAGGCCUUCCCUCUGCACGCUCAAUGCCCUAUAAACUAUCAGGAUUAACGAAGAGGAAUAAAAAUAUCUCCAGUGUUUCUACAUUUUUCCCUUAAGGCCUGUUCCCCUUCGAAAAAUUUUUUGGUGAAAGUAAAUUUUUUUAGAGAAACACAGCAACCAACAAUGGAACUUUCAGGAAAGUGAGAAGACCCAAAACAGCUUUGUCUCCAAAGAGGAUUGCUUUCUGUCUGCUACGGAUAAAGUCCUAUACUCCUACUUCCAGUUUUGUCAGGUGGGAGACUCGGAUGACACGCAGGACUUCAGACUGUUCGGACAGCCAUUUUCCAACAAACAAGGGGCCAAAAUAUCUGCAAUAUAGUAACAGCCUUAAUACAUUCAUUUUGUGUUUUUUACAGCUGCUCUGGGCUAUGUCCUCAAUGUUUUAAACUCAUAUUCAAUACUUUAUUCAAGCAGAACCUUUUUAUUGGUUUGUUUGAUUUCUGGUUGGUUUUACUACAUUAUCUUUCCCAAGCUGUACCAAGCCAACUACCCCAGGCCUUUUAUAGGUCUGUCAGGAGCACUCAUUCCAAAGAAUGGUAAAAAGCAGUGUGUCUCCGAAGUGGAUUUCAAUGAACUAAAACAACAGACAUGCUAUUGAGAAACUUGACACUGGUAUUCUAUUGGUGGUGUAACCCUUUGAGAACUAUUGCAUCCAGUUUUCAGAGUCUGGUGGAUGUUAAUCUUGGUGAUCAUUAAAUUAUAGAAUUGUGUUUGGGUAAUACAGGUUUCAAAAGAAAAUCAGUUUUUCAAAAUGGAUUUAUUGUGACUGCAUUUUUAAUUAUUUGCAUUAUUGAUAGAAAAAUAUUUGUAACAUGAAUAGAAAAAAAAUAUAUAUAUUUACCAGCUAAUUUCUUGUUAAAUCAAAUGUAUUUUAAUAAUUUCUACCACUUACCAAGAAUUUUUCUGAGCUGGCAACAAUUUUAUAGCUUAGCCUCUUAUCUUAAGCAUCUUGGAUUUCUCUCUUGUUGCAUGACAAUUCCAUUUGCCUCUGCAGAGGUAGAGUUACAAUUUCAAAGGAAAGCUAAGAAGAUGACUCUGAUAGUGCAUGAGUAUCCUCUGAUGUGUUACCCUUUUGCAUGUUCAUCAUAGUUCUCAAAGGGUUAAAAUUUCUGGCCUUCAGUAAAACAUGGUAUCAACUGACAGAGCCAAGGGACCACCAAAACAUUCUGUCAUUCUGUGUAAUUUGUGCUAACAGCAUUAUUGUCAUUUUCAUGUGACCUGCAGAGCAGGUUUGUAUCAAUAAUUUUUUCCUAGAGAAAAGUCAGCAACUGACAGACCUCUUUAUUGAUUUUAGGAGCUGCUUCUUGCAGUGAUAGGCUUUACAGUCACUGGGCUGUGAACUUAUUAAAGAUGGUCAGAAUGAUGCACCCCAAAAGUCAGACACCUGGUUUUUUAUGAAAGCCAGGUUUUGAGGGGAGUAGCUUUUGCAACAAUGAACAGCUUGCCUUGAACUUGAUUAUUGACCUGUUGACUGUCAUUACCAAGUUAAACAUUGUCUUCUGUGAACAGCUUCACUGUCUGAAUUUCCUUAAAGUGUACUGUCCUAUGUCUUUGACCUUUAACUUGCAAACUGGCACAAACUGAAGGGAAUCUGGUGUUGCAAAUGAACUAAGAUGAGUUUUAUUUCUUGAAAGGCCUGAUAGACAUGAUUCAAAAUCUGAGAAAAAAAAAUUGAAGUGUUUUAGUUGGAGAGAAAUGACAUAGACUAAAAUAUUUAUGAUAGGUCUGUAGAAAGGUAUUUUGCUAUGUAUACAUGCACACUCUAAAAAUGAAUUACAGCAGAAGUUAAUUUUUAUUUAACUUGAAUACAAUUUUCAGUAUAAAAUUAUUAUUUCUACAAAUAUCUAGUUAUUAAUUAAAAGGUUAUAGGAAAGUAUUAAAAUACUUGAAAUGGCCAGUGUGGGCUUUUACAUGAAAUGAGACUUUUAUACUCUGUUCAACCAAUUUCUUACUGGUUUCUUAAUCCACAUAACUGGAUCAUUUUUUAGAGAGUGUAGGUAUAUAUACACAUAUAAUAUGAUUAUUAUUGUUUUGGUAAUGGAUAGCUUGACUGCCUUGAAUUUAUAUUUAUAUUGAGCAUAGCAUGAAAAAUAGUAUGCCUUUUUUCAAUUACAUGAUUUUAUAUUGAUUUGAGGACUUAUGAACAUAUGUGGCAUGCUAUAAAGCAUUGCAGACUUAUUUCUUAGAGCAUAAACAGAUAUACAUAUGUAUGGUUAACAAAAAUGAAGAUUAGAAAAAGAUAUAGUUUUACAACAAAUAUGCAAUGAAGAUGGCAUUUUGGAGAUGUUUUGUAGAAGUACUGCAUACUGUAGGUUAGAAGCGCACCAGUAUCAGCCCAUAGCAUUAUUUAGUAAAUCCAAGUCAGUUGUUGCUAAAAAUAUAGACUUAUUGACAGUUUAGUUACACAGGAUUUUUACUGCUGAUCAGCUCAUUUAGUGAAUUUGAAAUUCUGUGCUCUUUGUCAUAUGUAUUAAGAUGUGUGUGUUUGUAUACCUAUAAAAGCACACAAACACACACAUACACAGACAUGCACAUUUUAAUCCAUUGAGAAAUUUUUGUUGUCAACAAACUACUAUAACUUAUGUUCUGCUAUAGACAGAACAAAAUGGUUGAUGUUGCUGUUCCAAUUUUUUUUCCCCUUGCAUAGUUGGAGGAAAAUACUGAAAUAACUACUUACUCUGUAUUUACUUUUCCUCAACAGUAGUAGAAUUUUUUAUUAUUUUUUUUUAAGUCAGAACAGCAUCUCAUCAGUUUUUUUAUUCACUUGAAAAUUUAAUUUCAAUUUUGAAAUAUCUUUCAUGGCAGCUUUAACUUUUUCUGCAACCUUUUCCCUGACAGUAAUGAAGUGCUAAGCAUGUUGACUGUUGUUCUUUGAUAAGGUAACAAAAAUAUUUGUGUUUGGAGAAUUUAACUGUAAUUAUUCAGGAAGGUAAGUGUGAUAAUUCUAGUGCUUGGUAUAUGGUACAUCAUAGAUACAUGAAUACAUGAUAAGUUGAUUGUUGAAUCUAUUUUCUUUUUACUUAAAAGUGCGUAUAUGCUAUAUACAGAGAGAGGGAGAAAAAAAAAAUUAUAUUGGCAUGUUUAUGUCAUGCAAACCGAGAUUGUGUCAAGUUUUCUGUUACAUACUCAAGUUUUCAGUAGGUUGUAAUGCAGUCAUAAAGGUUUGUUUUAAGUAAAAGAUGUAGGAGCAUUCGUGUUCACUGUAAUUUCCAAAUACAUACUGGCUAGUUUAAAAUUAUAGAAUUUCAGAGUGAAUUAGUGAUGUUGCCUGAUCAAAUUUUGAACUCAAAUUAGUACAAGUUCUAAGACAAUUUUAUUUUUUUGAAUAGUUGUUUCUCUACAAGGGCCUAUAACUAUCAGAAUUAAGAAAAAGCAAACUAAAAAUAUUUUCAGUUCUGCAAUCUGGGUUCCUGCUCAUGUGCCGUAAUUUUUUAAUAACCAUUUCCAUAUUGCUA